AUGAACCAGCCAGCCCCGUCGAGCCUGCUGAACGUCUGGGGACGAGGAAACCCGGCCGACCAGCUCACACCCAAGGCCUCCGCACAGUCAGGCACAUCGACGGAGAUCGACCCCUUCGACAGGAGCCAGCUGCAGGAUGACCCCAACCAGCUCAAGACCCCCAUGCCCCAGAGCCCGCGGAAGAACCCGACCUACUUCACUCCGAACACCACCGCCUCCACCCCCAGCCACGCCCAGGAGGAACAGCAGUCGAUGGCAGCCACCGCACUCAAGGCGUUCGUCAAGCCGCCCAGCAAGAGCUCCUUCCACUUCACCACAAAGCCCAUCACCCGAUCAGAGAAAACCAGCCAGGAGCCCGCAGUGCCGAUCAAGAACCCGCUCAGUCUGCCCCCUCAGGGCCUGCUCUCUGUCAAGAUCAUCGCCGCCCGCGCCCUCGCCUUCGCCUCCUCCCGCUCCCGCCCCUACGUCUUCGCCCAGUUCGACAACAACGAGUUUGCGUCCAGAGAGCCCAUCGGCGAGGAGGAGGAGGAGACCCGCGGCAUCGUCAAACCCACCUCCGCCCGGCCCGACCAGAAACUCAGACUCGAAUCCCCCGACCCCGCCCUCCGCAACCAGUCCGGGAUGAUCCCCACGCCCAGCGACGGCAACGGCCUGCUCUGUCUCAGCGGCCAGAACCCGAUCUGGAAACAAGAGGUAGAUUUUGAUGUCACCCAUCAUCAACCGGCCUUCAGUACUCAUCACUCCCUCUAUCUCUCUAUUUACGACCGCUCCCUAGGCGACACUCACUCCCCCACCCAGAAAUCUACUCCUACUAGCACUACUACUCCUACUCCUCCUGCUAAUACUACUGUCAUCCCGGGUAUCGAGGGCGUCGAGCUCUUCCUCGGCGAGACUGAGAUCAAGCUCGACUUCCAGAGUCUCAGCAAGGCUGGGGGAUGGGUCGACCAAUGGUAUCCAUUGACGAUGAAGACCGCCGAGUCGAGUGUGUCGCACGCCUCGGGGGAGAUCCGGAUCCAGCUCCGCUACCGGGAGCUGCGCUCGAAGAAGUCGCUGGACGUGGGCGACUUCGAGUUCCUGAAGAUGAUCGGAAAGGGCACGUUUGGGCGGGUGUUCCAGGUGCGCAAGAAGGACACGCGCCGGAUCUAUGCCAUGAAGGUGCUCAGCAAAAAGGAGGUCAUCGACAAGAAGGAGGUCCAGCACACUAUCGGCGAGCGUAAUAUCCUCCAGCAAUCCUCCAAAUGCCCCUUCCUCUUGGGCCUCAAAUUCUCUUUCCAAUCUCCCGGCGAACUCUUCCUCGUCAUGGACUACAAGAGCGGCGGAGAGUUGUUUCAUCAUUUGCAAAAGGAGGGCCGGUUCACAGAAGAACGGGCCCGGUUCUAUACGGCGGAGAUCGUGCUAGCGCUCGAGCAUCUGCACAAAUACAACAUCGUGUACCGGGACCUGAAGCCGGAGAACAUCCUAUUAGACGCGACGGGGCACAUUGUGCUGUGUGAUUUCGGGCUGUCGAAGCCGAACCUGAACCCGGACGAGCUGACGACGACGUUCUGUGGGACGACCGAGUAUCUGGCACCCGAGGUCCUCUUGGACGACCACGGCUACUCCAAGCUCGUCGACUUCUGGUCCCUCGGCGUGCUCCUCUUCGAGAUGUGCUGCGGCUGGUCUCCCUUCUAUGCCGAGGAUAAUCAGCAGAUGUAUAAGAAUAUCUGCUUCGGUAAAAUCAAGUUCCCCAGAGGCGUCAUCGGCGACGAGGGCAAACAAUUCGUCAAAGGCCUCUUGAACCGAAAUCCGAAGCACAGAUUAGGCUCGCAAAACGACACAGCAGACCUCAAAGUGCACGAGUUUUUCCGGAGUAUAGACUGGGAGAAGCUGAGCCAGCGGCAAGUGAUCCCGGUGUUCAAGCCGCACAUCGAGUCGGACGAGUCGGUGUCGAACUUCGAUGUCGAGUUCACCCAGCUCAACAUCAGCGAGCACUUGCCGACGACGAUCAAGGAGAGGCUGGCUGCGAAUGGCGGUGCGGGGGAGAAGAUCGUGGGCAAGUGUUUUGACGAGAGCGACCGGAGCGACGAUUGGGUGAAGAAGGCCUCCUACGUCCCCGCCGCCGCGCUGCUCACCCUCGCCCCCUCCGUGGCCUCCUCGUCGAAGAAGGCCGACCCCCAGCUCCCUUCCACCCCUGCGCCCCCCCUCGUCAUCCCCCCCGUCGCCCCCGUGCCCUUGCCCCUCAAGCCUGCCGAGCCCGCCCACGACCAAGACCAGUUCCUCGGGUUCUCGUACCACGGCGAAUCCGAGCUCGCUACCCUCGCUAACAGCCAUAGCCAUCCGCACCCCCCGAACCAUAUCCACCAUCCCCACCAUCUCGGCGUCGAUGCCUUCGACGACCCUCACCCCUCCGGCUUCUGA